AUGCAAUGGAUCAGUAGCAUAUGGACAACAAUACACAGACUCCUUAGAAGGGAUACAAGGAUCGAUAUUGAAAACAAAGCUUUCGAGAUAGAUAGAGACAUGAGAGAAAAAAUAGAAUAUUUGACGCUUAAAAAAAGCUUCUAUACUUCUGCUAAUCUAAUGUAUUACGAAUCUUACUCCAUCAAUGUAAUUAACACGAAAUGUCCUACUGGUCAUGAAAGGAAGGAUUUAUGCUGUAAGACUGGAUCUAUUUUAGACGCCUUCUACAAUCAAUUUAUACAAGAUUUCACUGUUACCAAAUCAAAAGAGUCCAUACAUGCAAAUAUCAAAAUAAAUAAUGCCAUUGAGGAUAAGGAAAUUCGGAUAAAUAAUGGUAAUAGGAAAAAGCGUCUGACCAAAAAUUGGUUAUGCUUAUUCGACGAUGAUAAUUACGUCAACGUACCUGCACUAGACAGAUAUCUCAAAGAAGUCUCUAUCAAUAUGAGGAGGAUGAAUAAUGGCAAAGAUUCUCUUCCAGAUUCUACAGAAUACCAAUAUUUGGGUAAAUCUAGCAUUAGAGGUCCUUUAUUCCUGCCCAUUUCCUCCCAUUCACUAGUCAUUCCAAUGUUUUCCCAACUUGGAAUAAAUCAUCUAAGUCAUCCCAAAAUGAAAAGCAACCAAAAUUCAAGCAAUCAUGGGGUGUAUUUUAAUUUUGCGACAGGCGGGGCUGGCAUAUGCCUCAGCAAGUCUUUACUCCUCAGGAUGGCAUCAUUUGUCAAGGAUGGAAGAUUUCUAUCUACCUGCGAAACUCUCAACCUACCUGAUGAUGUAACAUUGGGUUAUAUCAUAGAAAACUUCCUUGGUGUCAAACUAACUUUAGUUUCUAGUUUUAAUUCACACUUGGAAGAUCUCAGUUCUAUUCAAAUGGCAAAUAUACCUCACCAAUUAACAUUCAGCUAUUCCUUGAACCCUCUGAACACUAUCCAAAUACCACUCGCCAUCCUUGCAACGAAUAAAGCUUUUCCCAAAUUCAAUGUUAGCAAGGAUAUUUCCAAGUUGAACAUAAUUUUGCAAUAG